AUGGAUAACAUCAAUCCACUUGUUUUGAUCGCUACCCUGGCAGCCAUAUUUCUAGCAUCAUACUGUUUCUAUGCCGUCUAUCUGCACCCGCUCCGAGACUUUCCUGGUCCUAAACUAUCAGCCGUGACCCGCAUCCCCUACUGGAUCGUCUGUCUGCGUGGAGACCAGGUCAGACAUUUAAUCAAGCUCCACGAAAAGUACGGCCCCGUCGUCAGGUACGCGCCCGACGACCUGAGCUACGCCGACGGCCGGGCCUGGAAGGACAUUGCCAGCGUCCAGAAAGGCAAGAAGGAGAAUCCCAAACAGGUCGAAUUCCACGCGCCCUCGUGCAACGGGACGCCCAACCUGGUGACGGAGAAUAACCAGGAGCGCCACGCGGCCAUUCGCCGCGUCUUUUCGCCCGCCUUUUCGGAAAAGGCCCUCAAGGCGCAGGAGCCCCUGUUCCACAAGUAUGCCGACCUCAUGGUCAAAAAGGGCGGCGCGGCCGGUACCAUCAACAUGACCGAGCUCUUGAACUGGGCGACCUUUGACAUCAUGGCCGACUUGGCGUUUGGAGAGUCUCUUGGCCUCUUGGAAAAGGGCGCAUACUCUUCAUGGAUUGCAAUCGUCUUCAACGCUGUCAGGGUUCUCCCGUUUGUCCAAAUGAUAUCCUUUUAUCCGCUUUUGAAGAGGCUGUACGACUUUCUGGAGCCCAAAUCAGUCGUGGCGAUGCGCCUGGAUCAUUUCAAUCAUACCGUGGAACGCGUCGAUAAACGACUCCGCGAUGGUUCCGAGAGCCCUGAUCUCUGGAAUUUGGUGGAGGAGACCAAUGUACUCACUGUGAAAGAGAUGCAUACCAAUGCGGAACUGUUCAUGCUCGCAGGCACAGAGACUACAGCUUCAUUAUUGACGGGCCUCACAUAUCACCUACUCACGAACCCCGAUAAGAUGAAAAUCCUGACCGAUGAGAUUCGCAGCCGGUUCAAGGAUUAUCAGGACAUGACGUUUGAAGCGCUUGCCCAACUAGAAUAUUUGAAUGCAUGCAUACGUGAGGGACUGAGAAUUUACCCCUCGAUUCCCACUGGCAUUCCCCGAGUGGUCGCAGACGGUGGUAAUAUCAUACUAGGGAAAUACAUUCCAGGAGGCACUCGUGUGUCGGUGCAUCAAUCAGCAACCUACCGCUCAUCGACAAACUUCAAGAACCCCAAUGAUUUUAUUCCAGAACGCUGGCUCGGUGAUCCAGAGUAUAGCCACGACAAGCGCGAUGCGCACCAACCUUUUUCAGUGGGCCCGAGAAACUGUCUCGGCAUGAACAUGGCUUGGCACGAGAUGCGACUUUUGCUCGCAAAGCUAUUGUAUAGUUUUGACAUCGACUCUGAUGUUGGGCCCGAGUGGACGGAGCAAAACGUCUACGUUAUUUGGGACCGUAAGCCGCUGGUGUGCCGCCUGGUACCAGCUUCGUCAUGA